UCCAAAGUUUGCAAAUAACCACAAAACUGUGCAAGGAUAAGUUUAAGUGAGUGGCCAAAUUCAUCAAGAAAAGCGGUUGCUAAGAUACGACAGCAAAGUACCAUGGCCACUGCAGGACCCCCACAAGAGAGAGGAGAUCCAGGAGGUAUGGGGCCUGCCUCUUGUCAUUACCGACUGAUUGACAAGGAAUCGCAGAUAAAACCAGCCCUGGAUGACAUCGGCAGAAGCCCUAUAAUAGGGGUCGACUGCGAAGGAGAGGCACUCAGUCGAAGGGGGAAACUGUCAGUUAUUUCCAUAGCAACUGCAGAUCAGAUCUACCUCUUCGAUAUUGUGGUACUGGGGAAGGGCAUUUUCGAUGAAGGUCUCCGGGGUAUCCUAGAGGACACCGCUCGACAGAAGUUGAUGUUUGAUUGUCGUCAGGACUCCGACUGUCUUAUGCAUCAGUAUGGUGUGAAGCUUGCGAAUGUGCUGGAUCUGCAACUUCUUCAGAUGCUGGACCAAGAGUUUGAACAGAGCACAAUUUUGGAAGAGCACCCUCGAGUUGAGAGUUUUUUAUCUUGCCUGAAAGAGUAUGUGAAGGACGAAGACCUCAUCAAAGCGAAAGAAGAAGGGAAAGAAAAGAUGCACAGAACCGAUGUCUGGCUUGAGCGCCCCUUGAGUGGUGUCAUGCUGAAGUACGCAGCGUGUGACGUCAUGGGUUUCUUUAAACUGUAUGGUGAGUUGAAACACGUGUACAGUGGUCACAACGUCCAGCGACUGCGCGUUGCCUCGGACGUGUACCUCGACUUCUUCCGAUCGCGCCCUUCUCGCCUUUAUGAUGAGUACGAAGCCAAUGCGUUUUUUGCCAAUGUACGUGAUCCUCGCCAAGGGGAGCCUCCAUUUUCCUUCAGCUCAUACAGAGUGCGUCGGCUGCCAUCGUAGGUUUCCCCGCGCAGACUUCAGCAAAACUCAGCUGAGAAAAGGUAUCCAAAGAUGCCCCGUGUGCAAGAAAAUCAAGCAUGAUAUUGAUGAAGAGGCAAACUGGGAGAAGCAAAUACGUGACAACGAAGACUCUUAUGAUUAUGUUUACGUUGAGGAUGAACAUGAUUAUAAUCGUGAUAAUGAUUAUCAUGAACGCUAUUUUGCUUGUGACUAUGAUAAUCAUUAUUACACUGCAAAAACUAUGAAGUUAGAUUUGUAACACCAAUCAUUUUAUUCUUUUUGAAUGGAAUUUGGUGUUACGGAGGAGUAUUACCGGCCUACAUGAUAGGCAUACAGCCUAGGGAAAGGAAUGCCUUUAAAAAGACUCCAUCCGAGCUAAAACCGAAGACAAAAUAUCCAAAUAGCCAAACACAAAACACGUUUCAGCCCAUAGAGUAAUUUCGUUGGCUUAAUAUUGGCAUGCCAUGUACCCAGUGUCCUCUCAUGAGGGCCAACUAUAACGUCACAUACAUGUACAAAUUUUUUGUACAAGAUUUUGCAAAUCUGUUUAGAUUUCAAAAUAUACGUAGCAGUAAUACAUGAUCAAGUUAAAUGUCCUGUCGCCGAUAGAUUUGUUAUUUGAAAUUCAAACCUCUUUGUAUAAUUUCUUCAAUUUCCAGAUAUUGUGUAACACCAAAGCAAAACGAUUCCCCAAGGACCACUGUAGUUGAGCAUACACCAUUCGGGUAUUGAAAUUUACACCAGUAUAAGUGUGGCUUCUCGUAAUGCCAAAUAACAGGGCUAGUGUUACCUAACACAAAAUUCCUUGCCCAAAAUAAACAUCAUUGGAAUUACUUUGU